AUGGCCACCCCACAGGACAAGAAAGCCUCUAUCCAGGUCGCCGACAGCUCAAGUACCCUAUACCAGAACGGAGUAGACCAGCGCUUGACAUCAGCCUACUUGAAACCAAAACCCGUCACCUUUAAAGACUCUAUCUCACAUCCUAUCAACGUCAGCUGGAUCAUUCCCCCCUGGAUCGGGGCCCUUCUUCAUGAAGACAUGUCCAUCCCCAGUCAUAUGCAGCUCGUCCCCUUUGCCCAGCGUGAAGCAAAGGCUAUGCAGCUGACAGAUAUGGCAGAGGACGCCGAAUCACGAGCCAAGAGGAUUUACGCAAACUGGCGACCCAGAGGCAACCUUGGUCUUUCGUCCUGUCCAGGCAAGAAGGUUCGACUCGAUGGGCCCGUCAAUGGGCGUGCCAAGAUUGUGCGUGAUCUGGACAUGGACUUUAAUCGUCUGAACAUGCUAGGCUUCACGCGUGUCGUUUGGUAA